AUGAACUCCUUGUACGCCAAUACUCGACAACCGGAAGCUGAAGCCGAGGUAGCUCAACAUUCUCAAGAUGAAGAUGAAAGAAAUACUAAUCAACAAGUGGUGGAGCAGUUGGUGGAGCAGGUGGUGGAGCAGCCUCCUCCCGAGUUUGUUGAACAACAUGACAGCAUGCCAAUAUUUCCGAAUCUUGACAUACUUGAUGAUGAAGAGUUGGUUGACGAAGAUCUCAAUACGGAGAAAGCAACUGAGCGGACCAUCAUGCGCCGGUAUCUUGAAGCCAUCCAAAAACGGCUCAUCCAUGAGCUUUCAGACAAAUUUCCCAUAACUGGAGAAACGUGGCUCCUUGACAUUCUGAAAAGCAAUGACUGGUGGAUCCCUCAACACAAAUACAGUUUCAUCUGUAAGAAGCUUGCUAUCCAGUUCGAAAAGGAAGAAAAAGAAGUGGCAUACUUCAGAAAAGUUUAUGUUUGGCUGCCUGAUGUUAGAUGGGGUCCAACUUGCAUGCCGGCAUGUGGCAACUGUGGCUCAAACAAAUCUGUUGGGAAUAAUGGCUUCCGCAACAACCAUUUUGGGCGCAGAGUAGUUGCUCUAGAUCAUGACUACUACUGUGUUUCAAGACGGUAUCGAUGUAAAAACUGCGAGCAGAAGGCAAGAGAUGCAAAGAUAGCAAUUGAAGAAAGUGCUGCUGCAAACAAUAUUGCAAUCCAAUUCUCAGACGAAGCAAUAGACAAGUCACAGUAUACAUUCAUGGCAUGGAAUCGUAACACACUUGAGCUGUACCCUCAUGGUAUUGGUCAAGAGCUCCCUGCAUUUUUGACCCAUCGGUCUGGAGUGGAUCGCCUUCUUCUGGACAUGAUGCGCCCUCUUUUUGAUAAAGGCCUACGGCCUGGGGCCCUUGCAGACACCAUUCUGGAACUGCAUGCAAAGCGGUAUCAUCAGGAAUGUCUAAAACAUGAAUGGGGACUAGCAAAGACUGGCAAUGUUCAUCAGAAGCCUAUGCUUUCAGAAUUUGGGGACAAAACAAAGUACAAUGGAUUGGUCCCAACCGGAAGGUAUCUGAUGCACGUAUACAAGACCUUUCACAGUACCAUCAAGGACUUUCUCGACAACGAAGUAAAGAAAAGGGGCGCCAAAUUUAUUAGCGUUGAUGCCAGUUACAAAGAACCAAAACAUCUUUGUCAGUAUCAUGGGCAGAAUCUUUUUAAGGGCCUGAUUACUAUCACCAACGAAAUUGGGGAAAUCCGGAUGCAAUUUCACGUUGUCACUGAUGAUCAUGAACAGUUUCGGCCGUCUCUGCUUGCUUUCUUGAAUACAGUGAAAUCAUACGGCCAACAUGAUUUGGAGCUUGUGUUCACUGACAAUGUACAUGCUGAUCGGCACUUUUACUUGGACACUUUUCCCUCUUUGUUGGAAGCUCAAGGUCGGCUUGAUAUUAUGGUGACGGAUGGAACAAUGCCCAAUGAAAAUGACAUCAAUAAAGAAAACACGUGCACAGUCGAUGACACUCAAAUUCGUGUGCUUUCAAGCAAAGGUGCUAUCAACGAAUUCAUCACAGCACUCGAAGAAAACAUCCAAGGCAAACCACCAGAGGAUCGAGUAAUAGGGCUUGAUGCAGAAUGGAAUGUCCUCACAGCAAGCCAUGGAAUGGGAAUGCGAACUGGAAAGCUUGCGCUACUAAUUUUGGCAUACAAAGACAGUGGCGGGCGUCACAUGGCUGCUCUAUUGAGACUUCAUAAGCUCUCUUCACUUCCGGAUCGCUUGCUUCAUUUCUUGGUUGGAGGAACAAAGUUUGUUGGGAACCAUGUUGGUGGGGACAUUAGAAGACUAGGGCGUGACUAUAAAUGCGAAGAUGAGAUGAAGAAGGUUUUAAUAGUGAAUUUGGGGCGGUAUGCAAGAGAAAGAGAUGUUGUCCAGAGCGGCACUGUGAGAUUGGACGUUCUAGUUCAGAUUUGUUUAAAGGAAACCAUGAAGAAGCAAGCUGCAGUUCGUGUCUCAAGCAAAUGGGAAGAUCCUUCAUUAUCACAAGACCAAAAGCAAUAUGCAGCACUGGACGGGAUCAAGUCACUUGAGGUUUAUCUCUACCUACGGGAGAAACCAGACCUUUCCCUCCGGCUAUCAGAGAAGGAAGCAAAAGUUGGUCUUUGCGUUGAUAUUGCACCACUUCGCGGAGGACCUACUAGUAUGGUUGCAACUAGGUGCGGAAGUGCCACAUUGACAGAACAAUCCUUUCGUGAAUGGGAAGUGCCAUCUGUGCCAUAUGUGAAGAAAGAAAGUGGUGAGCCUGUUUGUCUUGCUGACUUUGGGGCUCCUCCAUUCCUUGUCAUUCUACCUUUGACCAUGUUGAAGCAGCACAUUGAAUCUGAUGAUAUCCGAACUUACCCGAAUAUGAAUGAUGACACUGGAACAACAAGGACUACUACUCCACCAGCACCGCCGCCGUCACCGAGGACUGUGCAACACCAAGUGAUUAAUCAAGAUGAUACUUCCACAGAGGAGGAAGACAGUACUGGACCAACUGGAAUGGAUCUAUUGGAUAACGAUGCUGAUGCUGAAGCUGUUCAUUUAUCCAAUGAUGAUGUGACACUACUUCGCAAGGUGUGUCUUCUUGGCGAGGAAGCAGCUUUGGGGCAUAACCUGUUGACUUGUGCACAUCUUGAACCGGCCCCAACUCCAGACACAAUCAAUGAUUGGUUUUCAGCUGUUGUUGGUGAUGCCUUCCAUGUAAUGGAUCGAGCAAAAGUUCCAAUGCAACAUGAGGCCAAAAAGACCUAUUUUGUAGCACUCCGCGAUGCCAUUCUUCAGUUUGAUCCCAAUCAGCUCAAAGAGGUGAAGAGCGCAGUAAAGGAAAAAGACGGAAAGACUGAUAACGAGAUAGACGCAGACAUCUAUUUCAAUCCGGCCUUCUGGAAGGCAUGCGUCAGAAGACGGAUCCUACCCCCUAGUGCAACAAAAGGGGAGACCCAAUGGUAA